AUGGCUUCAACUGACGUGCCACAAGCCCAACCAGUCACUGUGAGUCUUCAGGAGCUCAUUGAUGGCUCCGUCUCCUUUGGCACUCUGACAGAGGCAUUCGGUCCCGCCUCACUGGGCAUCAUCGUCGUCAAAGAUCUGGACCCAGCCUUUACUCGUCUUCGCGCGCAAGUCCUCUCCAACGCUUCGUAUCUGGCCGCGCUCCCAGACAAUGAACUAGAAUCCCUCACCAGCCCCUCCGCCAAAUACCUCGUCGGCUGGUCCUGCGGCAAAGAAACCCUGCGCUCCGGCCACUUCGACACCCUCAAGGGCUCCUACUACGUCAACUGCGCCUUCUACCAGAACCCAGACCUCCACGGCGCCCCCGCCGACUCCUUCCCCGAUCUCUCCGAGUACACCGCGCCCAACAUCUGGCCGCCCGCCGAGCGCCUGCCCACCUUCCGCCCCGCCCUCCAGGACCUCUGCACGCUCAUCAUCGACACCGCCGCCCUCGUCGCCCGCGCCUGCGACCGCUACGCCCUCGCCAACAUCGACGGCUACAAGCCGGGAUAUCUCGAGCACGUCGUCAAGACAAGCCUCACCACAAAGGCAAGGCUGCUGCACUACUUCCCGACCACCGCAGAGGCAUCCGCAUCCGCACCCGCACCCACAGACACAGACGCAAACACAGAUGACGACUGGUGCGCCACACACCUCGACCACGGCUGUCUCACGGGCCUCACAUCCGCCAUGUUCAUCGAUGAGGCCGCGACCCCACCCUCACCGACCUCCGCGUCGGCUGCCGCCCCGCUGCCCGAGCUGCCGUGUUCCCCGGACCCCAAGGCCGGUCUGUAUAUCCGGUCGCGCACGGGCGCCAUCGUCAAGGUGAAUAUCCCGCGCGAUUGUCUGGCGUUCCAGACCGGGGAGGCGCUGGAGCUGAUCACGCGGGGCAAGUUCCGUGCUGUGCCGCAUUUUGUGAAGGGGGCGCGGCCAGUCGGCGGGGGCAGGAUCGCGCGCAAUACGCUGGCGGUGUUUACGCAGCCGAAUCUGGGGGAGGAGGUGGAGCCGGGGAAGAGCUUUGGGGAGUUUGCGAGGGAGGUGGUGAAGAGAACUUAUUAG